AUGUACGCCGUCCGGAGCAGCCCGAAGAGCAGCCGCGUGAUGUUCUGGGACGACGGCGAGGUCUUCUCCUUCGGGAGGUUGCACGCGAUCGUCUCCAGAAGCUCCCUCUGCUCGCUCUCCGUCGGCGCGGCGGCGGAGGAAGACGUCGCCGGCGGCGGCUUCCUGGCGGCGCGCGAGAUCCCGGGAAUACAGCUCUCGAUUAUCUCGCCGCUCAUAUUCAGAGAUUUCAUGGCGAAAAUCAGCCGUUUGAACAACGGCAGCGUCAGAAGUCCCAAAUCGUCCAGCCACGAUUCCCCAGCCGCCGCCGUCCCUGUACGUGUCACGUUACUGAGCUUCUUCGCUUCGCCGCUGACCGGCCAGCCGAAAAGCGUCGGAUCUGAAGCGGCGGCUUUGCUGGAGACGGCGUCGAUGCACCGGUGGACGAUCCCCAAAUCCUCCGCCAUGGGCAUUAGACCCUGGCAGGAAGCGAGAGCUUUCAGUGAGUAUUUGAUGUUUUUGAGCACGGAUUCCGAAAAAAACCUCUCGGUUUUCGAGAUGAGGUUGUCCUCCGAGUACUCCUCCAUACUCUCCGGCGCAGCGGAGGGCCGCUGCAGUGGAGGCGGACAUGUCGAUUUUCACGCCGUAGCAGAAUUUCGCGGCCGUCUCGAAGGCUUCGCAACCGCCCGGGAAAUCGGGGAGCGUGAUCUGACACUUCUCCUCGUCGUCCUCUUCCUGGAUUUCAGCUCGAACGUCGCUGUCGAGCUGGUGGCCUGCUCCAGAGGGCUUUCGGAUUGUGAGCUAGAAAACAAAGGAAUUAGGCAAGGGGCUCAUGAAGGUAAUUAUGAGUCCGGUGAUGACGAUGAUGAUUUAUUAUCUGCCAAGAAAGCCACCCCUGAAUUAAAAUGGAAAAUGGAAAUAUUUCAUCUCAUGGGACCAAUAAAAAAGCAUUUGCCUCCAUUAAAGUACGACUCAAGCAAAAAUUCUAUGAAACCAUCGAAUGGUUUUCAUAUGGAGCCAUCAACCACUUAA